AUGGAUUAUGAUACGCUUCUCCGCAAUCCAGCAGGCGCGGCGACAGGCCAGGAACAACAAGCAGACAACCACUCCUAUCUUGCCGCGCAACCACUUUUGAACUUCAUUCCGCAAAGCUUAAAUGGCUCGAUUGCAUUGAGAGUUGCUGGUCAUGAUGAUAUUAUUCUGAUUGAGCCUAUGGUGGCUUCUGAAGCAUUAGAGCUUCUUCAUAAAAGGCUUGGUCACCAAGAAGAAUGCCCCGAAGCACAUCAGCUGGUAGAGCAACUUGAUUUUAUGCCGCUAGCAAUUGCACAGGCAGCUGGUUAUAUCAGAAACUGA